AUGUCGCCACAGGAGACGACACAUUCAGACCGCCUUCUAGUCCAGAUUGCGUCGUACAACACGAACCUGCAAGGUGUACUUGGGCUACCACAAGACCUGGUCGAUUGGCUGGCGCCAACUCUACAGGUGUCGAGUUUCCUAUCUCGUGAACGGCGAGCUCCAGACAUCGUUGCUGUGGGAUUUCAAGAACUCCUUCCUCUCCACCUUGGCCUUUCUGGAUUGUCCAAGUCCGUAAUCAACAACCGGAAUGCUCUCAUCCUAUCGCAAAUCGAAGCCCACGCGCCGAACAAGGAGUCGUAUUCCCUGAUAGCGAAGGUCGUGAAUGUGGGUGCCGCACUGCUCGUUUACGCACGCGAUGACGGCGUUGCGCGACGGGCCUGUGACGUUGAGACCUCAUGGACGGGGUGUGGUCCUGGCUACAUGGGCAACAAGGGUGCUGUCGCUGUGCGGUUUCGUGUGACUGGUGCAGAGGGUGGUGUUGGAGAGACGUAUACUUUCGUCAAUUGCCAUUUGACUGCAUUUGACCAUAAAGUGAAGCAGCGCAUAGCUGACUACAAGCACAUCGUCGGGACACUCCUUUUUGGGCCUACGUCGGGCGAUUCUAAAGCUCCAAGCACGCUCUACGAUACGAGUCAUUUAUUCCUCCUUGGGGACCUCAACUUCCGGCUCGAACUCCCAAUAACUCACCCACUCCAUCCUAGAUGCUUGACAGGCGACUUCUCGCAAGCAAUAGAGUCGGAGACGGCGAGGGAGGAAUUGAAGGAAUACGAUCAACUUACGGUUGAAAAACGGAAAGGCAAUAUUUUUGUUGGGCUGAGGGAAGGCGACUUUUGGAAGUUCAAGUGCAGUUAUAAGUAUCAGCUUGGGGAGGUGGACAAGUACAGUAUGAAGCGGAUGCCCUCUUGGACUGAUCGCGUCCUAUACACGACCUACACCGACUCGGUUGAUACGCCAGACAAAUCUGAUAUAACGAAUGUGCUGUACACGAGCAUUCCCUCAUAUACCACAUCGGACCACAAACCCGUGGUGUCGUUGUUACUCCUGCCACCUCCACAACCCAGUCAAGCAAGCUCUAUCGUCCCAAAACUUAGUCUUCCACCUUCGUACAAACCUACACCUGAUCCGCGUGCCGUUCUCAAACGGUACGUAGGAUGCGUCCUUGACAGAGUCAUCGGCAUCUUCUGGUGGUUACUCACCUUGCUGGGAGCCGGUUCUGGAAUUGUUGGCAUCUUUAAUUUUAUUCUUGGGCUGGGCGCCUGGACAUUGUGGAGGAUAAAGCCCGCAAGUCGCGAGCUGCAAGUUUAA